UAACGGGCGCUGGGCGGCCGUUGGUGACAGCGGGGCGGUCGCGCCUCGCCUCGGCUCUGGGCUGCCCGCGGGGGAAGCCGCUGCCGACCGCUGCGGUGUGGAGGGCGCUCCUUGGCGGGCCCGGGCUGACCCGUGGGGCUGAGGGAAGCUCGUCCCUGGAAGGCAGGCCCGGCGCCUUGGCGGUGUCCGCAGGGCGGCGAGCAGCGACCGCGGGAGCUUUUGUUAGUUGCAGUGGGAUGGCUCUGCCACUCUGUUCAGCCAUGUGAAAUUGGCCCCCAGAUCCUCCAAGGUCUUGUUCAUCACUGGAACAAGUGUCACUGCCAGUAGGCAAAGUAGUGUCUGGCAGGCACUGGGUCGUUACAGAUAUUUGGGUUUCUCUCUCUGAUGGAUCCAGCAGAAGCCGAAUGAGUAUGAGAUGGCUACGUAACGCAGAUUGCCAGGAGUUGUGCUAAAUACUUCACUGCUGAACGGGUUGCUCAGGUACCCUGCCUGUUUUGUUGCUAUGGGAGAUUGGAAGACUGUAACUGUGCCAGUGCUGUCAUCAGAUAGCAAAAAUAUAUUUCAAUAUACCUCAGAGAAAAGGAUAUCUCCUCCAAACAUGAACUCUCAAGUGCUACACUUGUCACUGCCUUCAUCCAAAAGCAUGCACAGCUUUUUCAGUGCCUUCUGCACGGAAGAGAAUAUUGAACAGAGUAUAUCCUAUCUCAAUAGGGAACUGACAACAUUGGGCUUUCCUUCUAUUUAUGCAGAGUCCAAAGGAAAGGAAUUAAACUUAAUAUCUAUCAUAAAUUGCAUGAAUGAAUUGCUUGUACUGCAGCAUAAGAACCUUCGAGCUCAGGAAGAAGUAGAAAUGCAGCAUCUGAAACUGGGUAGUGAUAUGGAUCACUUACAGAACUGCUAUGCUAAAUUAAAGGAGCAGUUGGAGUUAUCUAAAAGGGAAAUAGUUGGCCUUCAGGAAAGAGACAGACAACUGCAAAGCAAGAACAGGAAUUUGCACCAGUUACUUAAAAAUGAAAAGGAUGAAGUUCAGAAGUUACAAAACAUAAUUUCAAGUAGAGCUACACAGUAUAAUCAUGAUAUGAAGAGGAAAGAGAGAGAAUACAAUAAAUUAAAGGAACGCUUACAUCAAUUGGUCAUGAACAAAAAGGACAAAAAAAUAGCUAUGGAAGUUCUAAAUUAUGUUGGUAGAGCUGAUGGGAAGAGAGGUGCAUGGAGGACUGAUAAGACGGAAGCCAGAAAUGAAGAGCAAAUGUACAAAGUUCUGCUAAAUGACUAUGAGCAACGCCAAAAACAACUUUUAUUGGAAAAUGCUGAGCUGAAAAAAGUUCUUCAGCAAAUGAAGAAAGAGAUUAUUUCACUUCUUCCACCACAGAAACAAAAACCUAAAGAAAGGUCUGAAGAUGGGCCAGUACUUUCAGACUUGGAGGAGGACACUGGAGAGUUAAAUAAAGAGAAUAUGUGGGAACUGUCAUGUGAAACUGUGCGAGAGCAGCUUACCAACAGCAUUAGAAAACAAUGGAGAAUGUUGAAAAAUCAUGUUGAAAAGCUGGAUAACCAAGUGUCACGUGUGCAUUCAGGAGCUUUGAAUGACAAAGAUGUAAUCUCAAGGGAAGACCAUGAGCUGGAAACUGAAAAACUAGAGUUAGAACUUCAGCAAUGUAAAGAAAUGAUCAAAACUCAGCAACAACUUUUACAGCAACAGCUUAUGUCUCCAUGUGAUGAUGACACCACUCUGUUACUACAGGACUGCUAUCUUCUGGAAGAAAGAGAGCGUCUUCAGGAAGAAUGGAGACUAUUUCAAGAACAAAAAAAGAAUUUUGAGAAGGAACGAAAAAGUUUUACAGAAGCUGCUAUUAGAUUAGGACUAGAGAGAAAAGCAUUUGAAGAAGAUAGAGGAGCGUGGUUGAAGCAACAGUUCUUAAGUAUGUCUACCGAUUACAAGCACUCUGAAAAUGUGACAACUCCAAGUGCCUUCAUAGGAACUUCUGACCAAGACAAUCGGCUAGUGAACUCAAUGUCUCAGCAAAGAAAACCUCACUGUAUGGUGAGUGGUCCUGUUUCAGCUGAAUCCUGCCAGACUUCCCAGUGUAUUUCACAUAACAGUUUCAAUGCUGCAUUAAAAAAACCUGCUGGUGACAGCGAGCCAAAUCAGUGGGAGGAAAGUGAGAAGGAAGAAACUGAGUAAUGCACAGUCCCAGGAAGACUCUGAAGCUGGCACUCUGCUAUGUAGAAACUUGCACAUAGAACAACUGCCUUAGACUUCCUAGGGUUGCCUGCUGUUUUGUUAGAGAUGUUCAUAAACUUACUGUUCUGAAGUGUAACAGGAUGCUGUGAGUUUGAUCAUUCUUCUGAAGGGUUAUGUGGUAGGCUGAGCUGUGAUGUGUAUGUAUGUGUGUGCACAUGGCUUUUAAUUUUUUUAGACCAUUUCUUGCCUCUUUUUCUUGCAGCUCUUGAAAGAUGCUUAUUUAAAAGUAUAUUAAAGCUUUGGUAUUUUUCUAGUAACAGAAGCUGUGAUUCUGUGAAUGAAGCUAUGGUCUGAAACUUUGGCUGUAAUGAAAUACUGGAUCGUAAUGUUUUUUUCAUCACAGGCAGAUAGCACUUUUAGGAAUGGUUUAAUUAUUGGAAACACUCAUUAUGAGAAACAUCUCAAGCAUAACUGGCAUUAAAACUUCUUUUGCCUCAACUUGAAUGUACAGUAUACUGUAGAUUUUUAACAAAACAAGUUCUAUAUUUAUUAAUUUGUGUGAUUUGAAAAUACCUCUUUGAUAUUUCAGAUGACCUAAAGCGCGAAAUCUUUAUAUAUUUGUAAAUAGACAAAAUGAUUAUGCUGAGAAACCAUGGAAUGAAAUGCAUACAUCCAUAAUAUUAUUUUACGUGGUAUUUUAAAUUGUUUUAUAGUGAUACUCUGUUUACAGAUGCAUUAGGACUUUCAAUGGUUCAUCCAGGAAUAAAAUUAUUUCAAAUGUAAAAAAUAAACGUGUACGUCUGUUUUAAGAAACUGGUUCAGUGGUUGAUGAAUGCAAAUUUUUCUAAAUUACCAUGGUAGUAGGGCCAAGGUUCACCGUGUGUUUGAUGCUAGUUUUGUUUUGCUUAUUUUUCAUUUUAGUGGGCUCCAGAAUUUUUGGUGUAGCUUUAGGGAAACCUGUUUUGUUUAUAACCUUCUAAAAACAGCCGUGUACAGAUGAGAUGUCUCCUUCCCUAGUCAAUUCAUGUACUUCUCCUUGUCCAGUACGUGUCCAUCUCUUCUGUUUUGGUUGCUCAAGCAUUUGUUAAUGUGUGAGUACAGCUCUGGCCCUAGUCACAUUAAGCUUUUGGAAUGUGCCUAAGAAACUUCUGCACUUCUUCAGGUCAGUGGAAGGAAAUUAACUCUGAAACCUAGAAUACUUCACUGAUGUUGUGUUGCUGCUCUGCUCUUAAUCCACAACUGGAUGUAAUAGAUUGAGCGGGAUACUGGAAAAAAUAGCAGUAGAAUAACAAGAAAGGGAAACUGGAAUUCUCCAAGGAGCUGUGGUAGGAAGUUUUGGAGUUUUUGCUGAUUAGCUCAGUGUGUUGAGCUUGAUUUGAAAUAGUAGUCAGUGCAAACUGCAGGGAAUACUUGCUGUGCAAGAACUACUCCGCGUCCAUAAAGAAGCAGAACUGUAUAUACUGAUCUUGUUGGUUAGCACUUUUUCUGCAUAGGCAACCAGAUAUGGAAAACAAUACAAAUAUCAUCCCAUUGUAUUUAUUUUUAAAAAGGCUAUUUUAAAAUGUAUUUCUCCAGUUCUCUGUCAUUAAAUAAGUGAUCAUUACUCAUAAGUUCUGCUGAACUUACGCCUUCCGCGC